AUGGAUUCUGGGUACGCUCAGGCUGCCUUGAAUCAAACCGCUGGCGAUGAGCCACCACCAGCCGGCGCAACCGACGCUGGCAUCAUCUCUUCCGACGCCUUUGACGGAAGUGCCCCGAUCUACCAAUGGAAUGACGAGUACGGAGACGUUGGCCCAAAAAUAGAAGGCCUGGAGCUCGAGCUCUUUGGUGAUCCGGCUACUCGCCACGAGCGAAUGGGCCUUGACUUCCGACGCAUCGAAAGCAUUGAGGUUAAGCAGGAAGGCCCAGUCAAGAUCGAGCCCAUCAAGACCUUCAGAGACGCAGGCCUGCACCCCGUCAUGUUGGAGAACGUCAAGUUGGCAGGUUAUGAUUAUCCCACUCCGAUUCAGAAGUUUACCAUCCCAGCCAUCGUCCAAGGUCGGGAUGUAAUCGGCAUUGCCCAGACUGGAUCGGGUAAAACGGCUGCCUAUUUGAUUCCCAUCCUGAGCCGUCUCAUGGGUAAGGCAAAGAAGCUUGCCGCACCUCGCCCAAACCCCGCAACCUUUUGCAAGGGCAGAGACGAGGUUACUGCGGAACCUUUGGUUCUCAUUGUAUCUCCAACGCGCGAAUUGGCCGUUCAGAUCUUCAAUGAGGCCCGCAAGUUCUGCUACCGCACCAUGCUGCGCCCUGGUGUCGUUUAUGGCGGCGUUCCCGUGGCUGAGCAAGUUCACCUGCUCAAUCGCGGCUGUGACGUGCUCAUUGGAACUCCUGGACGACUUGUCGGCUUUAUCAACAAGCCUCGUGACUUGACCUUGCGGCGUCUAAAGUAUUUGAUCAUUGACGAGGCGGACGAGAUGCUUGACAUUGGCUGGCAGGAAGAUCUCCAGAAAAUCAUACUCGGCGGAGACCAAGACGAGGGCAAUGUCAAGUACGGUCUCUUUUCUGCCACCUUUCCCAAGCUGGCUCGUGACUUGGCCAAGGAGCACCUUGCCGCUGCCCACGUUCGAUUCCGUGUCGGCCGUGCUGGGAGCACAACUGAGAACAUUAAGCAAAUUGUUCUCAAGGUCGAGCCUCAUGAGAAGCGCAAUACCCUUAUUGCACUUCUCAACGAGAUGCACGGCGUGAGAACAAUCAUCUUUGCAAACAGCCGCCAAGAAGUUGACUGUCUUGACGACUUCCUGUUCAACAUGAAGCUCCCCGUGACUUCCAUGCACAGCGAUCGAACUCAGCUGGAGCGCGAGGCCGCCAUGCGUUCGUUCCGCGCCGGAACUGCUCCCAUCUUGAUUGCAACUGGAGUCACAGCUCGAGGCAUUGAUGUGCGCAACGUGAUGCACGUCAUCAACUAUGAUCUGCCUUCCAUGGAUCAUGGCGGUAUCGAAGAAUACACGCACCGAAUUGGACGAACGGGUCGUAUUGGUCACCGUGGUGUUGCCACAUCUCUCUUCACGGAUAGAGAUGAGGCGAUUGCCAGCGUCCUGACUCGCACUCUUCUGGAGACCAAGCAGGACAUCCCGGAGUUCUUGGAGAUUUACAAACCCGCCGAGACUGGCAAGAUCCAGUUUGAGACGGAGUCCGACUUUGAUCCAAACGAAGUAGCUGGUCGAGAUGUCGGCGAUGUCCCAGCUUCCAACGAGACGAUCGAGCCUUCCGGUUGGGGUCAGCAGCCUCAAGCUGUCACCGGCACCAACGGUGCUAUUCCUCAGGGCGGCUGGGGCGAACAGCCCAUUUCGCAGCCCGCUGUGCAGCCCGUUCCCGCCCAGCUCAAUCCUGCUGCCAACGGCUGGGCACCUCCACCAGGUACUCCUCCUCCGGCGUACCCUCCCUCGACUAAUGCUGUUCCUCAGAGCGGCCGGGGUGGACAGCCCGUUUCACAACCCAGUGUGCAGCCCGUUGCCGCCCAGCCAGGCGCCGUCGCCAAUGGCUGGGGAGCUCCGCCAAGUGCUCCUCCUCCCGUCCCCGUCCAGGCAGUCCAGGCUAACAAUGGCUGGGGACCUCCCCCAAUUGCUCCGGCGCAGAUCCCCCCUGCUCCAAGCUCCGGCGGCUGGGGAGGCCCUCCCCCGCCAGCAGCUGGCCCGCCGGCCCCCGCCGCCCGUGCACCUCAGGCCUGGGGAACUGGUACCCCUCUGGCCUCUUGGUAA